CAACUAAAAACACGUGUUUUAUAAUAWAUAUAUWCAUAAAAAAAAGUUAUAAUAAAAACAACUAAUAAUAAAACAGUGAUUUAUUUUUCGGUUAAAUAAUAUCUACUAAUAAUAAUUGUGUCCACAAAUGAGUCGCGGAUUCGGUGGCGGUGGCCGUGGAGGAGGCGGUAAUCGAGGCGGCGGUCGGGGCUUCGGCGGAGGCCGUGGCGGCGGUGGUCGCGGAGGCGGCGGUUUCCGUGGACGCGGCGGUGGCCGAGGCGGCGGCUUUGGUGGUGGCCGUGGAGGUGGCGGUUGGGAUUCGGGACCGCCCGACUUUGUCAAAGAGUUUGGCCUCUAUACCCAUGAAUGUCAAAACCAAUUGGUCUGUAAGGCCACUGUCGAGGAGGUGCCGUUUUUCAAUGCGCCCAUCUAUCUGGAAAACAAGCAACAAAUCGGUAAAGUGGACGAAAUUUUCGGAUCGAUUCGCGACUACUCGAUAUCAGUGACACUAUCGGAGAAUAUGAAGGCCCAGUCGUUUCCCAUUUCGCAAAAGGUUUUCAUAGAUCCGGCAAAACUGUUGCCAUUGCAAAGGUUUUUGCCGCAACCCGGCGGUCGUGUAGCCAAACGGGGCGGCGGCCGUGGACGCGGUGGUGGCGGCGGUCGUGGCCGUGGAGGUGGCGGUUUCGGUAGAGGUGGCGGCGGAGGAUUCAGAGGCGGCGGAGGAUUCAGAGGCGGUGGAGGAGGAGGAAGAGGUGGCGGUAAUAGAAAUAGUUUUGGUCGCGGAGGUGGAGGCGGCGGCUUUGGUGGUGGCGGAGGAGGAGGUGGUCGCGGCUUCGGUAGAGGAGGUGGCGGCGGUUUUAGACGAUAAUAGUGACGGAUGUGUUGUGUUGUGUGUGUGUUAUAAUUUUGUUGACCGUUUUCUGGC